UGGAUCCAGUCUUGCAGGUAAGUUGAGGAUAAUGACGUCGACAAGCGUAAUUAAUUUCGGGGUAUAUAUAGUGAUAAAGAGUUCUGGAGAGAUCACAGAAUUAUUCUGACUUUCAAGAACCAACAAUCAUCCUUUGCAAUCAUGAAGUGCAUCGCAGCUGUAGUCAUGAUGGCUUUCGCCGUUGCCGCCGAGGCUGGAUAUGUGCCGCUGUUGUACAGUGCUCCACUGGCUUACUCCGGCCAUACCACCGUUGUCCAGGGCAAUCAAGCAGAUCCCGCCAAGAUCACUGAGCUCCCGGCUAUUGCUUACACUGCUCCAGCUUUUGCUCAGUAUUCGUAUCCGGCUUACUACAACUAUGCCUACCAGGCUCCAAUUGCUUACCAAGCACCACUUGCCUACCAAGCACCGGCCGUUCUUCUGCAGAAGGAAGCUCGCUAUUUGGCCGCCAACCGUGGGGCCAUUCACGAGGCUCCACUUCCUGGACACGAGAUCUCCCAGCAGCAGCUCAAUCUGGAACCAGCUGCGUAAAUCCGGUUGAGUGCGGUCUCUGGCUGAAUUUAGGCUUUGUGAUAUUAUCUGCUAAAUUUUGAAAUACACGUUUAUUCUGGCAAACUGA